CAUCUAUCGGUCCGGCGCAUUGGAAGUUUAUGUUAGUUGGUUUAUGGGCUUUAUCAACAGAGUGGUGAAGGUGAAGAAACAGACGACCGACAGGUAGGCCUAACAGCGGCUUGUUUCACACUACAAGCACGGUAGCACCAGACACCAGUAAUGGACUAAUGGUUUGGAUAUAAAAUCACUAGUGUAAAUUGCACGAGAGAUAUUCAAAUUGUGGUCGACAGACUUGAAACAGCCCUUGCACAGCACAGGGUUAUCGGUUAAGUCUUUUUGACACUCGAUUCACCACAUUUAGGAACAAAUUAAUCCAAAGAAAUAUUGACCUGUUAGCGAUUUUUUUAAAUAAAGUAAGAAGUUGCUGUUCCCGGCUCUCCGCUGCGGCGCUGCCCGCAUAGAUUAACAAUGAAUCGGCAAAACGCAUUUUCUGAACAAGAGGCAAUGAUCCUCAAAAAGAAAAGGGAACUUGAGCUGAAAAGAAAAGCAAGUGCAGAAAAUGACGACAAGACCAAGGUAUUCAAAAGUGAAGAUUCAUCAUCUCGACCAUUAAACAGGAGUUUGUCCAGUUUUUCUAGACACAAAGCUCUUCUUCGUUCAGGGCUUAUUGGGAAGAGUAAAAUUGCCAGCAGUGGUUCAUCAGCUUCAUCCAAGUCCAGUAGCAGCUCAUCAAUUAGUGACUGCUUUGAAGCCCCUGAGCCAAAAGAACCAGUUGUAAAAGUUCCCUUGAAGACAGAAGCGGAGCAUCCCUCUUCUGCUGCUACAGCUGAAGAUCCUCCUCCUAAUACCGAAUCUGGUGAUGCCCAAAAUGCAGCCUGGUUUAAAGAAGCUCUGGAACGAGCCCGGCAGAAGGCGCAAGCUGCUAAUAUCUGUCCUGCAGCCUCAAGUGUUCCCUCUAGCAAGAGAAGCAGCAGAUGGGAGGCGCCGUCUGCACCAUCAACUGCUGCUGUGGGCGCUGCCUUCCAUCCUUCCCUCCCACCGACCGCUCCAGUCGUGCCAGGUUUAGGAGGAGUGAGAAGUCUGUCGGUGCCCUCGAAUAUCAUGAAUAUGGUACACGAGGGAGAGCACUUGGAUGCCAUCAAAGGGGUGAUGUUGACAAGGCUCACUCGGUCCUCUCCUGCAAUCGUGGCGUACGCACAGCAAGUGUUCGGCAGCACAGAGCAUCUCACCGAGGAUCAGUGGAAGCAGUGUCAGGACCAGAUCAAGAUGAAUGUGGUAUUCCAACUGCUGCAAGCCAAGCAAGCUGCUGCAGACAAGCGAGAGCAGCAGGGCAAGGUCAAGUUCGAGUAUGACUCUGAUGAGGACACGGAGGGCGGCACCUGGGAGCAUAAAAGGCGUAAAGAAGAAAUGGAGAAGACGAGGCAGAGGGCGGAGGAGCUGUCAGAAAUGGGUGCUGGCAAGCAUCACAUCGGUGACUUCCUGCCUCCAGAAGAACUCCAGAAGUUCAUGGAGAAGUUCUGCGCGAUCCGGGAGGGCCGGGAUCCGGAUUUCUCAGACUACCGCAGCAACAAAUUGACGGAUGACAACAUCGGCUACAAGAUGCUCAAGAGCAUGGGCUGGACGGAGGGCCAGGGGCUUGGCCCCGCUGGCAAGGGCAUCACAGAACCUGUCAACCAGAAUGGUCGCUCGGCAAACCACGGCCUGGGCAUAGCAGCGCCCGACGGUUUGUCAGAAGAGGACAACGAGUACGACGCCUAUAGGAAGCGAAUGAUGCUCUCCUACCGCUUCAGACCAAACCCUCUCAACAAUCCUCGACGGCCGUACUACUAGCGCAUUCCUCGUCUGCAGUCCCGCCCAAAUUGUCCCUCUCCACCAUGCACGAUUUCUCCUAUAAAUAUUAGAGCAAUUCUCACUGUGACUGUCGUAUUGUUUUUGACUAUUUUAAUUUUCAUUAUAAGUCAUAUAAUUUGCUUAGAAGUUCCAUUCUAUUGAAGUUGAUGUUUUUAAACCUGUUCCUAAUGUUACGGCAUUUACAACGAUCAGAAAUGUCAUUUUGUAUACAACUUGCGCAUUUUUUCUGGUUUUCGGAUGAAAAUUAAUCAAAUUCGUUGUUUAUUUGAAUGGUACGAUAUUGCCACAUAGUGUCGCAUACAAAUGGAAACUAGGAUAUCCGACAUGAUGUUGUAUUAAAAAACUCGUAUUGAUGCUUCGCCGUUUUUCAACAUUCAUGACAGACUAUUCGUAAUAGACUGUUUACUUCACUACGUUUGUAAUUGUUGUUCUUUACGAGCUAACUAGAAAGAACAACAGUAAUAUAAUAAUAAUAACUGGACGCUGUUAUUUAAAUUACCGUUAUUCGCCACGUUCUUUGGUCAGGAAUUUUAUGAUGCUAUUUUUCACUACCAUGAUUGGCAUCGAAGUUAAUUGGCUAAUAUUCUUCAAUCAGUGAUUGCUAUUAUGCUUAAUUUUUGUGUUACCGAGCAUACUUCUAUUUUCGCCCUGAAUGCAGCAAGGAGCGGUCAAGUAGUAAUAGGUGCAAUUAUUAAGCAGGCAGAAUCUUCUUCAAAAUUUAGAUUCGUAUAAGAUAGGUACUCAAGAUGCUAGGUUUUAUUGAGUAUUCUUUCAUUUAUUUCGAGGGUGAAAGUUUUUCCGGUUUAGUUACCCGGUAUGCCACUUAAGGCUCGUCUCUCAACGGGCCGGUAUGUGGUAUGAUUACCCACGGCGGCCGGUAUGUGGUAUGAUUACCCACGGCGGCCGGUAUGUGGUAUGAUGACUCACGGCGGCCGGUGUGUGGUAUGAUUUCCCACGAUGGCCGGU